UUCAACUCCCGAAGUCCUCGUCGGUUCACUUCAGGACGACAGAGCGAGCCGCCGUAGAAUCUCAUACAAACUAUCGCUCUUCCUCAAUCAACCGAAUGUUGACGUUUACAACAGGGACUGCAGCCUGCUCCUCCACAGCUUGCUGACAACACGGGCUGGACUUUCCAGCCGAGAUUUGAGGGAGAAACGUCUAGUGCAAUUCCAGCAAGAUAAGGUUGAAUGUAUCAAAUUUCGGAAAUGGUCGACAGAAACGACAGAGUCCCCAUGAUGACAGGCAGGACAAGGAGAUCAACCAUCGGCCCCACGCCAGCGGGAGGCAAUUCGAAACAAGCCAAUGGCAGCAAGCAGAGCAGCGCAGGGGAAAAAACGCCAAGCCAUCCGAGCCACAGCAACGGGAAGGUGAAGAAGGAAAAACAGGUACACGAGCCGGUCAGGACACCACAGGAGAGGAGUACAAUCUGCGAAAGACUCAGCUGCCAUGUCCUCCAGGAGUCCCUGCUCAGCUCAGCCAGUGGAUACAGUAACUAUAGAGGCAUCCUCAACUGGUGUGUGGUCAUGCUGGUCUUGAGCAAUGCACGCCUUUUCCUGGAGAAUCUCCUAAAAUAUGGGAUAUUGGUGGACCCCAUCCAAGUUGUUUCACUGUUCUUAAAAGACCCAUAUAGCUGGCCUGCACCAUGCCUUGUCAUUGUCUCCAACGUGUUCAUAAUGGCAGCUUUGUACACGGAGCGGAAGCUAUCUGUGGGCACCAUCUCAGAGAUGACUGGAACAUUCCUUUACUUGGUCAAUCUGACUACCCUCCUCUGUUUCCCAUCAGCCACUGUGCUCACGCUGACCUCCAUGACCCCAGCUGGUGGAGUCUUUGCCCUGGGUGUGUACACCAUCCUCUUCAUGAAGCUGUACUCCUAUAAAGACGUUAACAUGUGGUGCAGAGAGAUUAGACAUACCAAAGCCCGCACCCUGACCCGCUCCCAUUCAUGUCCAUCUGUGGCCCAGUCAAAUGGAUCAGCUGUACAUUCUCAUGUGUCCUACCCUGGGAAUCUCACACACAGAGAUAUAUAUUACUUUGUGUUUGCCCCAACACUCUGCUAUGAGCUGAACUUCCCCCGGUCACCACGGAUACGCAAGAGCUUCCUGUUGAGGAGACUCUUUGAGAUGCUUUUCUUCAUACAGUUACUGAUUGGAUUGGUACAACAGUGGAUAGUGCCGACGAUUCAGAAUUCCAUGAAACCAUUCCAGGAUAUGGACUUUUCCAGAAUGAUGGAGCGCAUGUUGAAACUGGCUGUUCCCAAUCAUUUAAUCUGGCUCAUCUUUUUCUAUUGGUUUUUCCACUCUUCCAUGAACUUCGUAGCUGAGCUGAUGCAGUUUGGAGACAGGGAGUUUUACCGGGACUGGUGGAACUCUGAGACGGUCACUUACUUCUGGUCUAACUGGAACAUUCCUGUGCACAAGUGGUGCCUCCGCCACUUUUACAAGCCCAUCAUGAGGAGGGGAGUGAAUAAGUGGGUCGCCCAGACGGCUGUCUUCCUGGUCUCCGCCUUCUUUCACGAGUACUUGGUUUUUAAAGGACCUGGCUUUAGAGUUCAAGGACGGUUUCCCCCUAAAACUGACCUUUUCAGAUCCCACUCGCCUGGUUUGUCGGCCGCUUCCUGAGAGGUAACCAUGGCAACGCUGCGGUCUGGAUCUCGCUCAUCAUUGGCCAGCCCGUCGCCGUGCUGAUGUACGUCCACGACUACUAUGUAAUACAUUACAUGUCACAAUCAUGAACAGUUGGUCGCAAGCAGAGGCGCAAUACAUUAUACUAAAGGACAAAUUGAAUGUCAAAUGUUUACUUUGAAAGGGAAAUAUGAAGCUUGACUGAAUAGUAAGAAUUUUACACUAAGUAAAUAGUUUGGCUUCCAGAAACAAUAUCUAAUGCACUUAUACAUCAGAGAGACUUGGCUCCCGUCCUAUCAUUGCUGUGAAACACUGCCCUGACAAAACUAGAGAACAUUUUUGUAGGCCUUUUGUCUGUUUCUUACUUAGUCUACAAUUAUGAAGAUCAACGCAGACAUUCCUAUAGAUAAACCUUACUAUCGGUGUGCUGCUUUUUCUCAUGCGUUUGACACGUCUUUUGCCUUUGAUUAAAUGACCGGAGUAAUUUAUUUGAAGUUGUGUGAACUCAUGUGGCUGCAGUAAUAACCAGUCACCUGUAUUGUGCAUAAGUCAAGCCAAAUCUGUUAUUACACUUGUGAAACUGUAAUGUGUUUGCACUACAAUGCAUGCUGUUUGCUAAUAAACAUUUUUUUUUUUUUUUUGCUAUAAUCUUUAAAUUAUAUAAAUGGAACUGGUGGAGAUGUUGCACAUGCAGCUAAGAAAAAUAUGGAAAUGUCUGUUCUACUCCAUUACAACCAACUAAUUGCAGCAUUACCACAAAUGGAAGAGGCAAGUAGAAGGGGGAGAAAGUAAGGAACUUGUCUGUCGGCGCUGCGUUAAAGACAAAUUGUGGUAAAUAGAAAGUAUACCAGUUUCAUUUUAAGGACCAAGAAAUGUACAGCUGUGCCAUAUUGCAAAAUCGCUAGGAAGAGAUGUACCGAUUCCAUGGCACAUGUUUAUGAACUGAUACACAAAACGUCGGAUUCAAAACUUUUUUCAAUUAAUGAUUAUACAAAAUUCUUGCAACCCAAUAGAAUGUUAUAGGGGAUACAACCAUCCCAGCUCUGCAUAUUGUGCUGCGAAGAGACAAUCAUUAUCAUUUGUUUUGGUACUGUCCAUAUGUAGCUUGUUUUUGGUCACAGGUUCAGGAAUGGCUAAAAACUCCUCCAGGUAAAUGUUGCAAUUUAACUCAGCAAAUAGCACUGCUGGGGGAUUUAAAAGUCAGUCAAAUCGAUCAAUAAUAACACUCUUGGCAAAAAAAAUAUUUAAUCUGUAAACUGAGAAUAGAAAAGGUUCAGAACUUUGAAACGGCACAGUUAAUAUGGGGGGACUAAAAACAAACUGUGUAGAAGCCUAAACAUGGUUGUCCAUUAGUUUCCUCCAAUUAGGGAAGGGGUGGUAGUUAGGAGGAAAAUAUAUUUACCUAAAGUCACAAUCUGCAAUAACUGAUCUACCCCUCCCCCCAAAAAUGUACUAAAUAGGAGUGCUCAAGAUAUAUUCAAAGAGCAUCAGAGCUUAAGUACAAUGUAUUGUAAAAUAAGUUGAUGUUUUAUAUGCCAAUAUUGCCAUCCUAUUAAAAAGAUGCUGGUGAUCCAAACAGUAACAAGCAUAUUGUGUUGUACCAAACAUACAGUAUGCAUGUAUCCCUUUACGCCAUUCCAGACCUGCACUGAUCCUUUGUUUUGUCACUAGUAUACUGGAACUGUGGUCUAGUUAGCCCUCAACCCUUCAUGUUCAGUAGGACCAUAUAUAGGACUAUACAUGCCUUUUUUUCUUCAGCAAAGGGCCUACUCAUUCAUGCCCAUGUGCCUGACAUCUCUACAUGAGCCACAAACCAAAUCCAGCCUGUAUUCUCACUUCAGAGAAACUAAAGUGCUUAGUUUCUAUUGUCAUGUAUUGUAGAAAAUAAGUAUUGGUUGAGUUCAGUUUUAAUUCUUCCUUUACACUGUUUUCAUUCAGGAAGGUUGCUCAUUUACAAUUUCAAGAUUAGUGUGUAUUUGAUGGGCAGGUAAGAGGUAUUUUCAGAAUGUGAUGUUUGUUUAUACUGUAGUAACUCAAAGAUCUAUUUUAAGCCCCCAAUCUAUUGGGUGAUAUGUUUCUAGAACCUUGAAUACCAGUGUGAAGUCAGGAUUGCAUAUGUAGGUGAGAGUAGAUUGUUUUCUAUGAAAUAAAACCCUGCCUGUGGAUCUGUAA